AUGGAUUUGUUUGCCAGAGCACCGUUAGCACCUUUCGAGGGUGGUGGUUUAUCCGAUGAUCUGGACGGUUAUGAGACAUCCUCAUUGGUAGCUGAUACGGAUACUCAAAUAAAACGAGUUUCAUCUAUCCCAUUCGAUGUCAGCUACUUCUCUUUUGAGGAUUCACUCACUGAUCUGAUUGGGAAUUUUGAUGAAAAGAUAUAUCAUUGUUUUGAAAAUUUUGACGUGGAUCCUGAAAAUGCACAAAAGGUUAAUCUUUCAGGAAAUGUUCCGACUUUGGGUGAGGUCAAGCAAUGGUGGGCUGCAGCCACCGGAGAAAUCGUACCUACUGAAUCUUACCCGCUUCAUAGCUUACCAAGUAUCAUUAACUUGUAUGAUGUCGAUCAAUUUGAACUUGCAGAUGCCGAUGGAGUAACUGAAGAUGAAAUUAUAAAAACAGGUUUGCUUCAAACGAAUAGUGCUUUGCAUUACUCAAACGAAUCUAUUUGUUCGGCACGAGGUACCGUUACUACUCUGUCCUUAUCACCUGUAUCAGCUAGUUCUCGUUCAUUAACACUUGAUCAAGUUCUUCCAAAUACAUUUACCCAAAUUCUCGAUAGUGGAAUCUCAAACACUGAUGAAGAGCUCAACGGCCACUUUUUUAAAGAUUAUGAUGAUGACUGCAAAAUUCUUGAAAUUUUUCAGUCUCACCAUCCGUCUCUACCUUUGAAAAAAACUCAAAGUUGGAUAGAUGACCUUCAGAGUUUAAAAAUCAGCGUUCUCAAACUUUAUGUUCAGCAAAUGAAUAGCAAAAUUAUGCAACUUUCAGAUUGUUUGGUGGAUUCUUUGGCGGAACGAGAUGAGCUUUUAAUGCUUCGUGAAGCCAGUGAUGACUUUAUUAUAUUACUUAACUUGGUCCAUGAGCGGAAAACUCAAGCAUCCAAGGCGGCUCUCUUAGCAACAGCCAAAAGCUUGAUUCGUUCCAAAACUUUGUUUCGUGUUACUACCCCUUGGUUUACAAAAAAGCCUCAUAUAUCGGCUUCUAGUACACUGUCGUUAGUUGGAUCUUCAGAUAUUGGAAAACCAGUUACUACAACACCUAUUAGAAACGAAUCAAGCAUGCAUGUCCCAGUGAAUUCAGUCCAUUUAGAUUUACGAAAUAGUACAGUUGCUUAUGUGGCCUCUCUUAAUCUUCACUCAAAACUAAGAAGGCCUAGAACACAGCCAAUACAUGUUAACGGGACAAGUCAUUCAAACGUUCAGAGUGUUUCAAAUUCAGUCAAUUCGAUUGGUUCUAAACAACUAAAUGAAUCACAUCCCUCUGAACGUGUUGACUUAUCUUCAGAAAGUAUAAAAUCAAUACCUACUAAACAAGCGAAAAUACGCUACGAAGCCCUCGUGAAUUUGUGCAACUCUACUAAUUGGCCGGAUGGUAAACCUCAAAAUAGUCGAUCCUUACUUUUAUGUUUACCAUAUCGAAUCAACUCGGAUGUUGGAAUCUCCAUACAAGAUCUACGUCUAUUGAAUCAAAUUCUUUAUGCCACUGUCCUUGAAAAUCCUAAAAUUGAGAAGUUACUCGAAAGUUACAUAAUGAACGUUACUAAUUCUAAGGACAUCGCUAACUGGAUAAAAACUGUUGAACCUCUUCGAUGUUAUGAUUCUCAGAAGUUGAACAGUGUUUCGUGUCAAGAUCAACAUCGCAAUCAUCUUCUGUCUAAAUCAAUGCAAACACAAUGUGCUUAA